AUGGCUGGGAAAAAUGAUAUACAGCAGCAAAGCAGAUUUGCUGAGUGCGGGGAGCUUGUGCUGCAGAAGCUCUUUCUCGAUUUCGUUCGAGUCGCUGAUAAACGCAUCGUCAACUCGUCCAUAUCCUCGCAAGAUGCCGAAUCACUCCACCGACAGUUUCUCCGCGGGAGAGACACGGAAUUCGAUCGUCUUCUCACCGCUCUUGGUCAGAUGGCAGAAUACUGCCUCAGUUCCGUUAUUCGUCAUGCAUUUGACUGGCGGCUAACUAAACUAGAAUCGGAUGAUCGCCGAAUGCGCCAAGGCGUUGAGUUCAUCUUCUGCCAUCUUCUGAUAGAAACGCUGAAGCAGCUGAAUGUGCAUCCGAUUCCCGAGCGGGACAUCAACACCAUCCUCAAUCUCGCAUUCGAGCAGUUUGAGAGUGCAGAUACGAGUGCAGAUCCCACGCAGGCGAAGAUCUGCGAGCUCUACGCGGAAGCACUUGGCGUCGUCUCCGAACAUCGACAUCCGCAGGUCCGGCAACGUUUUCUCGCCGAGCUGCGUAAUCUUCGCCACAAAGCCGUCAAUCUUUCCAAGUCGGAGUCAAUCCUAAACGGGAUGAAGUACUUCAAAGUGAAGAUGUAUCCAAUAGAAGACUUCACCGAGUCGAUUAACUUUCUGAAAGAACUCGGCGACUACUUUCACGACGCUAUUGACAACAAAGACCAAGCGCUUCAAAAGUGUUUGGCAAAGAUGACCUCCGAAAUUCUCGAGCCACUGGCCGAAAACAUCAACAAUGAAGUGAACGUCCCCGUACUCAGGCAUUUCGUAGAUUCGCUCUAUCCAUCUGUGCUUGAAUUGUCAAAGCAGAGAGGUUUCAAGAACUUUCCCUGGGUAGCGCGCUUAGUUCAGCUGCUUCUUGCCGUCUCUCAAAAGCAGUUCUUCCUUAAUCACUGGUCAAUCUUCCUUCAAUGCUGCUUGGGAAUCAUACAGAAGAAGAAAUUCGAAUCUGUGUCGCUAGAAUGUGUCUCCCGCCUUGUAUGGGUCUACUGCAUCCGGCAUGGACACGCGGAUGCCAACGCGACAACUACGAGCCGGCUGACCUUGAUCACAAAGACCCUCUUCCCAGCAGGAGCGCGUCACACAAUUCCAAAGAACCAACAAAGCAUCCACUUCGUUCGAAUUCUUUCCUACAUAGCGGACAUCAAACUUGAACUGGCAAUGGCGACGAUCGAAGAUUUGCUAGGCGUCGCUGCGAACAAAACAACAAACCCGGAAAGAGUUCAGAUCUGUGUUGAGAGACAACGUAUUGGUUUACGGGCUUUUGUUGCCAUCGCUAACAGUUUCCAGCAGCGCGAAAAGCCAAAGUUACCGCCUAUUACUUACCGCCCGAGCGGAAACACAAUUCGCGGCAAAAACAAGUUCCUCCACACGCCGCUUUUCGAUGAGCAAGCACGUCUUGCUGGCCUUGACAAGUACUUGCCUACUGUUCAACGCGCUCUUUGGCAACUGAUGUUAACGUUGCACAAUCAAGUCGGCUAUGAUUAUCUCAUUACCAAGUCACUGAAGUUUGAAGAUAUCUCACAAGAGAAAAUCGACCUUCUGACCUUGUGCGUGUCAGCGAUUCCUCGAAUUUUACCAGAAGGUUUCCGGUCCUACAAGAAUCGCUCGCAAAUCCUGCGCAUUAUUUCUCAGCUCACUAUUCACCAAAGCAGUAUGGUCGUCGAGCAAGCUCUCAGAAGUCUAGAUGGAAUCAUUACCGAGCUGCCCGAGUACAGAGAAGAUGUCAUCGCGAUAUACUGUACCUUUAUUCUUACAGAAAUUCACGACUCGCACGAAAUGUCUAUCGAUACUGCAGUUGCUCAUUUAACAGGACUUGUCGAAAGAUGGGCCGAAGUUCAUUCCGCCGGAAAUAACACCGAUUGUCCUUCGAUUCUCGAUCGUCUCGAUGGAUUCUGCCUUUUUCUCUUAGCAAAUAAUGCGGAAUCCGUUCGUGUAUCUUCAGUUAGUCUGAUCAAAUCCGUUGUCGUACUUGCUGACACUCUCGGUCUUCAAAAUUCGAGACUGCUGCAUAUCCUAAACGAGUGUUCUAUUCGUCAAAUGAAUAUCGAAUCUCUUCGGGCAAUGAUCGGCAAAUACGCAACUUGUCGCGCUGAAGAAUGGCGAGACAAGCUCGACGAGAUCAUCCAGUUUAUUUGGGCGAAUUCCACACAAGUGGUUCCACACAAACGAAGCCAAUCGAAGAACUUUUCGUUGAUUCUGUACUUUACAUUCUUGGAUACUUUCGAGCGGAUUCGCUGCGGCCCCUGGGAAACGUUAGCAGCUGGCAAUAUGAAUGUUCCUUUUAUCGGUUCUGGUUCUCGAUCUCGCGCUCAGCCUAGUGCAAGUGGCUACAUGCAACAGUGGGGCAAUUAUUUGCUGGCAUCGCUUGCUUCAACCCCCGUUUUCGGCUCUCGCGAAGCUACAAGCCACCCGACGGGCACUUCAGACUGGAUGACGUGCACUGCGCUGAUAAAUGCAAGUAAGACGCCGGAUGCUCUUUUCAAGUGGAUAUUGGAUAGUUUGCAGAACACCUCAGAAAAUGCGAAAAAGGAACUCAUCACGACUUGUCUGGCGCGAACUAGUAUCGAAGCGAUUGACCUUCUCCUGCAGGAGCUCAAACUUUCUGAAGCAGCGCCAAGCUCUAGAAGAAAAAACAAGCGAGAUAGACAGCGAUUUCAAACAGCGAAAGUUAUGGCUGAACUUGCUGAGCUCGGGAAACUUGCGACCGAAGUGAAAAGCGAUAAAGAAACAGACGUUCCUAUCCGAGAAGGCGUAGUUGAUUACGCGAUCAAUUGUUAUGAAUAUUUUCAAGGCGUAAACUUGGAGCAAGACUACUCUGAAGAUAGAGACCAACGCAAAUUUAAUUUUAUCCGUCUUCUCAUUGGCCUGAUCCGUAAUUGUCCCGAAUCACAUAGAAAACACUUGUUCUCGACAGAAAUUCGGAGCAAAAUGGCAAGCCUAUUUGGAACGUGGUGUCCAUCUCUAGCAAGCGAUCUGAAUCAGCUAUCUUGUAUGGCUCUUAUUGGCAGAUGCUCCAUUCUUUUGGCGGGUACAGUCGAACUAGAUCCCCGAUUUAGUGCUUGGCUCAGUCGACUUCUUCUGCUAGAAGAAAAUGAGCAAAUAAAAUCAGCGAUUUCUCAGAUAUCUGCCGUGAAGUGCUUCAGCUCGAUCGAUGCACUGAUCAUUGAGUUUGUUUCCGCCCUUCUCAGGGCGAAUAAUGAUCAACUCUUUGAAUUCUCCUCAGAGCUAAUGCGUCGUUGCUAUCAAGCUGAUGCUGAGCUAGUUAAUCGACGUGCUCUGCUAGCUCUUGCUUCAGUCGUUGGCUCUGAGGGAUGGGACAGAAUGGAAGCGCCACAGCGAGAACAGAUGACGAGAAUGAAAGUCCCUCUACUUGUUCUGGCAAUGGCGAACAUGUCAAAUGAAAACUCACAAGUUGCUCAAGCCUCCCAACUCUUUGUUCAAGUCCUGGCGAAGCAUUGUUCCAAAGAGGGGAAGGUCAUUGAAAGCACCUCUCCCGAAAAGUACCCUGAGGUUCUAGCGGCAGAACUAAUUGAUCUUACAUUCCCUAUUUUGACCGAAAUAUUUCUCAGACUUCAAAAUCGUGGAGCUGAAAACUUCCGUGAAGACUUGGUGGACCCAAAGAUUGGUCAGAUCGACAACUCUUUGAAUUUCUUCUAUGAGGCUAGACUAUUGAGUUUGCUUCUUCACUGGUUGAGAAAACUGCAGCUAGACAGCUGCAGCAGCAAAGAAUCCCUGUUCAUAAUAAAUAAUUUGUUAUUCUGCACUUAUACCUUCAGCCGCCGUCAUCCUGUUGUUACACGAGAAGUCUGGUUUGCCCUCGGUCAAAACGAGCAAAACGCCAUGAUCGUCAUAUAUUCUAUUUGCGCUAUGGCUCGGCUUGAUAAUCUUGAUCAGACGGUUGUGGACUUAUUCCAAGAUGUGAUGUCAGAAAUCACAUACGCAUCUCCAAACGCCUUUGAAUACCUUAUCACAUCAUUAAACAACCACGGCCCAGUUCCGUACAAUGUCCAGAGACUUGUUGAAAAGCCAUCAUGGAUUGUAAAGAAAGUCAAAUCCGACUCACCAAAUGGAUCAGUUAAUUCAGCGAAAAUUGAGGGCUCGUUGAGCGCCUCGCGCAAUCGGAGAACUCUUACUGCCAGCUCCGUGGAGUUCGGUUCGAAAAAACAGUCUUCUAUGCGGGAUCGCGCUCCAUCUCACAAGGAACUUUUCUACAGUCAAGAAGAUGACUCUACUCGUCUCGAUAACUCGCAUGUUAACUUCGAGAAAUCAUAUCUCCCGUUUGCCAAACUUCUUCCCGACCAUUUCUAUUCAACAAAAGCGUCUCUUGGUUCAAUCUGUCUGCUUUUCGUUCCGCGACUUCUCGAUGAUCGUCGCCGAUGCCAAAAUUCACUCAGUAGCACAAUCCCCUCUAUUCUUGUUGCCAGCAUUUUAUACCUGGACUCGAAUGUGUCCGACAUUCGAGAAGCGGCUCGUCUCUCACUCCUCGCCAUUGCUCAUCGACAACUGGUGUCUUCAGAACUGAGUGAAGGCGCGCGCGUUCUCCUCCAGCAGCUCGAGCAGCGCGGUCAACUUCUUCUCGAUGCUUAUGACAGUGGAUACCACAGUUCUUCUACAUCUUCAAUUACAGCAGAUUUACCUUCGCCAAUGUCAAUUCAAUCUCUCCUUACUAAUGCCUCAUGUUCCAGUUCGCAAUCGAGUCUUACGAUGAUGCAUUUUCUGUGUACCACGCGAAAAUUUUGGAUCAAAGAGCUCGCGUCUCCAAGUUUUCUCCCGUCUUCUCUUCGUUCAUCCGCCCAGCUCAAGCACCUAACCGAAUCGCUCAUCAACGUUUUUGGGAACGAUUUGAAGAGCAAGCUUGGCGAUUUAGCCAUCGUGUCUGCCAUCAGCUCUCCUUCACAUCCGAUUACGUGUCGUGCAGUUCAGCUCUAUCGUUCUUUGCAAAUCAAAAUUACAGAAAGAACACUCAACAAAAUGAUCUCGAGAGCCGAACAAUCGAAGCUCGAAUCGAAAUCAACAUCGACUGGGGCGAUAACAUCUACAGGAAAAUCUUCCUAUGUUGUUCUGGCUGAUGAGCGAAAUGAACGACUCGACGAUGAUGACGCUAGAAUACUGUCGAUAUUCCUUCAAGUUGGUAUAGCGCUCUUGCACUCUGAUUUCGAACAUGAGUUCCGAAUGGCGCUCAAGCUCAUAAGUCAGAUCAACCACAUUGUUCCUAUUCGGCUUCUUGUACAUUGGUGCAAACGACGGAACAUACAUCCUGCGAAGGACUUACAGAAAAUGCUCUGGAAAGGUCUCGUCAAGGAGAAAGAUGUCUCAUACGAUGCCGUCGAUCUGGACAUCGAAGUCUAUCAGGUUUUAACUGAGCUGCUUCCUUCUUCUUCUAGCUUUGGCGAUUACGGAUUCUCGUUGCAACUGUCCUCUUUAUUGCCGCGCCUUUACGAGAACUUUGUUAAACUUAAUCCACAAGACAUCAAUGCAGCUCGACGGACCGGACUAGUCAUCAAGCUGAUUUUAUCCCAAACAACUUCCGAGAGCACUUCCCUCAAAACCCCCGCUCAAAUCGAGGCCGGUCAGAAUCUCGAGAAAAUUAUGCGGAUGUAUGCAAAAACCGAGUACAAAAACGGCAACACCACGUGGCUCUCUGCUGCCUGUAAAUACUUGCACGAGUUCGAACCGGAUGCUAUCAACGAUCAGUUAGACUUCUAUUUAACUUUAAUUGACUCUCGCGACUGUGCCUCUUGGCUGUGUGCUGCCAGUGCGGCAAUAAUACGCUACUUGCUCGAACAUUGUCUUAAUUCGCACUACCCACCAGCGUCGCUGAAUAACGUUAUUUGUUCGCUUACAAAGAUAGUGCAGCAAUCUCAUAAAGCAAAAAACAGUCCUACUUUGAUUGAUAAUGCCUUGUCUGCCCUUCAGUCAAUUGUGGCUCGAGCUGCCACUUUAUUCAGCCCUGGUGACAGUCGCUCCUCGAGCCCGGUCUACUCAAAUCUGAUGCCCGGGCGCGUGCUUGACUUUGAAGUCGAUUAUAAUGAGGUCGAUGAAGUGCGACGGCCACUAGUCCCCUGGAAACGCAAUCCGACAGGUCGAGAAGUGAAGAAAAAACUCCGUUACAUUGCUCACAAUUCAAUCAUGUCUAACAACACAGUCACUUCCCGUCCUCCUUCCGUACAUAAUAUCUCGGGAAAAGGUGACUAUGUCGAUUCUGAUCCUGGAGUGAUAAAAGGCAAUAAUUUGGCGAGUUCUAUUAGCGAGUCAAACGCAGCAAUGUCAACUGAAGAAGGGCACGAAGACGACACUAAGACAAAUGGAGAGCACUUCGAGUCCCAAAUCAUGAAGGAUUUUGAUUUCCUCUACGAUGACUCCACUGCCGGUAAUACCGUUGAUUAUCUCUACGAAUAUGAUGAUUUCACCAGUGAUCCGAAGCCUUUCAGUCCUAGACACGAUUCUGCACACGAUACCGAGAGGGAAAACGAGCUCAAAGAUGUCGAAGACAAGGAAGAGAACGAUGACGAGAUUGACUUGCGUUACCCUUCGGAGUCUGAUAAUAAGAUAGACAUGAUAGAUCUACGACCUGGCAAUUCCAACUCUCAAGAGGAUUCUGACCCAGUUAUCAUGAAGCCUGUCAAGCAAAAAAAGAAGAAGGAAGAGCGUCGCAGACGAGAGCGUGUUCUUGAAAUGAUGGAGUUCGAUGGCAACUCUUCGGAUACGUCGACCCAGAGCAAAUCAAGAACAUUUGUCUCGCCUCUCAAAAAUAAAACACUGUCGGUUCACCGGACAAAAAAAGUAUCUACAAGCAGCCAUGCGACGACGAGGCCACUCUCCAGCAUGUCUGAGAGUAACUUCUCUGAACUUGAGCUUCCGUGGUGUUCCACUCUACCUCUGUCCCCUUCUCUAAAACAUCGUUGGCAAAAGCUUAUCGAAAAGGGUGAUAAUUUAGCAGCACUUCCUCUUUUUCCAAACAUUUGGAACGCUUUACGCGCUUCCACCAACUGGAUUCUCUCAAGCACAAAAGAUCAGAUGAAGAGCCCAAGCACAAGUUCUGUUAUCGUCGAGAUCGACCAGCGUUUCCGCGAAAUUUGCCAAGUGAUGAACGAGCUCUGCCCUUCAAUUGUGUUUGCCACCAAAAGCGCAAUCAACGAAGAAAUGACAACCACUCUUGCGUUGGGAAUUUCGAAGCUGUCUCAUGGACUCGAGAACUUCGCCAUUCACGAUACCAAUACCCGUAAUUGCAUGGACUACAUGAACUCUAAAGACCUCGCAAAGCAACUAGAAUACUGCAAGCUACUCUAUCUCCUAUUCUUCCAACUGAAUCAGAUCCUCAUGGAGUACGAUGAGAUCACGAGACAAGUUUACAACGGACGAAACUUGAGCCACACUGAUCUCAGUCGAAAGAUGAAUACUCUAAUGAGCUUUUUCGAAAACUGUUUCAACUCCCAUCCGGACAUGAAACACUUCGAACUACUCAGCCCUGAUCCACAAGAAGUUUUUGGCUGUGCGGAAAUGGGAGAUGUUGGUGGUGUAUUGGAGAUCGUUCAGAAAUAUGGAAAAACAACUGCUGCUGCAUCACCUGAGUCCGGAGCGUUUUUUGCACUCGCUGCCUCCUGCUUCCUGGGAAUGAGCAAAGAAGGCGUGCCAGAGGUAGCGCGUACGGCUAGAUGGCAGCAACUCGACGCUGGAAAGAAGUUUCAGACAAUUUCUAACCGCCUGUUGGAGGUGGAUAGAUUCAUCAAGGCACAGAUCCGCAACGCGGAAGCUGAAAGCCGGUCGGGUUCGCGCCGCGGGCGUCGCCAGAGCUCGACGAAUUCUUUCGUCCAAACGCGUAUGAGUGUGGAGGACCUGGAGACGGACAAUUCGACUUCGCUUUACUCGCGCAGUCUCAAUAACGAUCAGAAAUAUUAG